AUACAAAUUGGCACUCAUUCUUUUACUUUCGACCACGUCUACGGCAGCACUGGUUCUCCACCGGCAGCCAUGUUUGAAGAACUAGCUGCUCCGCUCGUCGACAGCUUAUUCCAAGGAUACAAUGGUACAGUCCUCGCUUAUGGUCAGACUGGUUCUGGGAAAACAUACACUAUGGGAACUGGAGGCAGAGAUGGAUCUCAAACUGGAAUAAUCCCACAAGUUAUGAAUGCAUUAUUCCACAAGAUUGAAAACCUCAAACAUCACACUGAAUUUCAGCUGCGAGUCUCGUUCAUUGAG